AUGUAUGGAUUUGAUAUGCAAAUGUGUGUUAUUGUGGAGGAUAAACUUGCCCUUCGUGACGAAGGGGCGGAGCUCACUGAGUCCACGUCCAUGGACUCAAUUGAUGAAUAUGACAUAGGUCCCCGUUUCGAUCCCCGGUUAAGCCAGAAUAACUCUGCACGGACGCACAACGUGAAAGUGCCUGUUGUUGCGGUAUAUGCUCCGCUUGCUUCGUAG